AUGUAUAUAAAGAUGGCCACGUUAGCAAACGGACAGGCUGACAACGCGAGCCUCAGUACCAACGGGCUCGGCGGCAGCCCGGGCAGCGCUGGGCACAUGAACGGAUUAAGCCACAGCCCGGGGAACCCGUCGACCAUUCCCAUGAAGGACCACGAUGCCAUCAAGCUGUUCAUUGGGCAGAUCCCCCGAAACCUGGAUGAGAAGGACCUCAAGCCCCUCUUUGAGGAGUUCGGCAAGAUCUAUGAGCUCACGGUUCUGAAGGACAGGUUCACUGGCAUGCACAAAGGCUGCGCUUUCCUCACCUACUGCGAGCGUGAGUCAGCGCUGAAGGCCCAGAGCGCGCUGCACGAGCAGAAGACUCUGCCCGGGAUGAACCGGCCGAUCCAGGUGAAGCCCGCGGACAGCGAGAGCCGAGGAGGUAGUAGCUGUCUGCGCCAGCCCCCUUCACAUAGAAAACUCUUCGUGGGUAUGCUCAACAAGCAGCAGUCUGAGGACGACGUGCGCCGUCUCUUUGAGGCCUUUGGGAACAUUGAAGAGUGCACCAUCCUGCGCGGUCCGGAUGGCAACAGCAAGGGAUGCGCCUUUGUGAAAUACUCCUCCCACGCUGAGGCACAAGCUGCCAUCAACGCUCUACACGGCAGCCAGACCAUGCCUGGAGCCUCAUCCAGUCUGGUGGUCAAGUUUGCCGACACUGACAAGGAACGCACGAUGCGACGAAUGCAACAGAUGGCUGGCCAGAUGGGCAUGUUCAACCCCAUGGCCAUCCCCUUCGGGGCCUAUGGAGCCUAUGCUCAGGCACUGAUGCAGCAGCAAGCAGCCCUCAUGGCAUCAGUCGCACAGGGUGGCUACCUGAAUCCCAUGGCUGCCUUCGCUGCUGCCCAGAUGCAACAGAUGGCAGCCCUCAACAUGAAUGGCCUGGCGGCCGCACCCAUGACCCCAACCUCAGGUGGCAGCACCCCUCCGGGCAUCACUGCACCAGCUGUGCCUAGCAUCCCAUCUCCCAUUGGGGUGAACGGCUUCACUGGCCUUCCCCCACAGGCCAAUGGGCAACCUGCCGCGGAAGCUGUGUUUGCCAAUGGCAUCCACCCCUACCCAGCACAGAGCCCCACCGCCGCGGACCCCCUGCAGCAGGCCUACGCUGGAGUGCAGCAGUAUGCAGGUCCCGCCUACCCUGCUGCCUAUGGUCAGAUAAGCCAGGCAUUUCCUCAGCCACCACCAAUGAUUCCCCAGCAACAGAGAGAAGGGCCCGAGGGCUGUAACCUGUUCAUCUACCAUCUGCCCCAGGAGUUUGGGGACGCUGAGCUGAUGCAGAUGUUCCUCCCUUUCGGUAAUGUCAUCUCCUCGAAAGUGUUUGUGGAUCGGGCGACUAACCAAAGUAAAUGCUUUGGCCGGCACCCCGUGCCCUCUCGCUGCCAGGCCCCCUCCUGUCAGGGAGGACAGUGUCCAAUAAACUCCUCCACCCGCAGGCUUCGUGAGCUUCGACAACCCAGCCAGCGCGCAGACCGCCAUCCAGGCCAUGAACGGCUUCCAGAUCGGCAUGAAGAGGCUCAAGGUGCAGCUGAAGCGGCCCAAAGACGCCAAUCGCCCUUACUGAGCGCCGGCGGGAGCGUCCCCCGGGGGAGACCAGGACUCGCACAGGGCAGGAUGCUGAACGGGCUACAUUAA